AUGGCUCAGUGUGCUCCGAAGGGCCCAACGGUUGGUCAGAUGUGGGACUGCGCAUCGUCAAGGGCGGAUCACACAGCAUGCUGUCGCAGGCAGAACGUACUUGAUCAAUGCCUUGUGUACUGCGAGACGACCCAUGGAGUUCCAACUGAUUACUUGAAGUACAUUGUGUGCCUGAGUCAGUUCGACAAGAUUCGUCAGUGCUUCCAACAGUACCUCGAGAAUCACCCCAACAUCAAGGGAGACACCUAA